UAAUGAAAUCACUUGCCUGAGUGAAAUAAGGAUAUAGAGGGGAUAAAUCAUGUCGUAGAGCACCUUUAAUGGCUCAGUCUACGGGAGACUUGGAGUCGGGUUUAACCCGCUUUUUAAACACUUUAUAUGCUUGCUUUCGCUUUAUGUCAAGAUUUCUUGUUUUAUGCCAGUUCUGUGAAUGUCCGACACGAGGAAAGAAGUGUAAAAAAAAUGUGAGUGGAGAUGAAGAUAUUCCAUCGGAGAAGACAAAUCGUCAGGGGAAUAGAAUUUCCCUGGCUGUGUAUAGUUUUCCAAAGCGUUAUAUAUUGGCCAUAAUGACUUUUCUCGGAUUUAUGAACAUGUAUGCGUUGCGUGUUAAUUUGAAUGUCGCUAUUGGUGCAAUGGUCAACAACCACACUGUUCACCAGAGAGGAUACACUGUUACCACGGUAAACUUUUAUUAUAAAUACCUUUUCUUAUAUGCUUCUCAUUAGAUCGAUAUCUACUUCAUCAACAGGAAAUGAGCCGAGGUUUAUUUUACCUUUUCACUUAAUUUUUAGGUUAAUGAAAGAUUAAUAUGUUGUCUUCUCUUUUCGGUCGAGAACAGGUCUUGAAUCAAAAGUAAAUAGUCACUUCACUAUUUAGAAUUACAAAAUACAACAUCACAUGCCUUAAAGCCGUUCUAGAAUAUUUCUAAAUUGCUAGUUAUGUCCUUGAUAUGAGUUAGUUAUCAAAAUUGUACCAUGCAUUUUUCGGAUUUCCCUUCUAAAAAUGCUAAUUUCCAAGAUGUUUUUAAUUUUUGUUACCUUUCUUUUACCUGUCAAAGAGGAGGAGAUAUUUUUAUGACUGCACGUAGGUGUAAAAUUAACUUUGCGACAUAACGUCGUCUGCAAGGAUAUAUUACUCACUAAAAGAAUUGUGUCCCAGAGGGGGUGUUCUCACUGCUAGAUCUCGUAACUGACUCGAAGCCUCAGUUAAAUCAAAUUUUCUCACGAUAGAUUAUUUAGUCUCUUAGCUCAGUUCAUGAGCUAAACAACAUAACAGUCUUUAUUUAAAGCUGCCCAUCCACUGAAAUUAGCUUACCUACAAUCCGAACGUUUGAAGUCAAAGUAUUGAAGCUUUCCAAAUUUCGGACGAUCCUCUUACAUUGUUUUCAAAAACUGUGCUGUGGAUAAAUUAUGACUGACACAUCGUCAUCUUAAUCAUAAAUUUUCAGGAAGCGGAGUUUGAUUGGGAUUCAAAGCUUCAAGGUAAGAGAAAAUUUCAAAAUUCGGUCAAACUUCCAUCAGUUUUUUAAAGCUGUUUCUUACAGGCUUGAUCGAAAUUCUUGCACAGUCAUCUAGUUAGCUGAGAGAGACUUUUCAUCGCCUUUUAUCUUUUCCCAUAUUUUGUUAGAAAAUAAUUUCUAGAAUCUGUGUCGUUAGACAAUCUGCAUGGUAGACCUGCCGAAAGGCAUGGAAUAUAGUAGUUUCUCUGACUUCACUGUGGCCUUGAACUCUCCUUUUAAUUAUAUUUUUUGUCUUUUCCAUUUAACGAAUGACUUCUACCCUCACCAAUUCCCCUUAGGUAUUGUUCUGGGCUCAUUCUACUAUGGAUAUGCCUUUUUGCAACUUCCUGGUGGUUGCCUCGCUCUCAAGUUAGGCGGUACGAGAAUAUUCGGUUACGCCAUCUUUUUAGCCUCCAUGUUAACACUACUGACACCAGUGGCCACGCGCUACAGCGUGUACGGUCUGAUUGCUGUCAGAGCUGGAGAAGGACUUAUGCUGGUGGGUUAUGAAAAUCGUCAGUUAUCCAUUCACAUAACUUUUUGCGAACUUUCUUGAUUCAAGAUUUACUUUUAACCAAGACAACAUGAACAGCCCAAGGUCUGUUGUCUGAGCCUUUUUUUGAAGCAACGUUUGCGGUUUAUUCAUAUGCUCCAUCCUUCACGCAGGGACAACUACUGAACUGACCCUAGAUUUUGCGCCUCCCUAUCCUAGGAAACACAACUCAACUCUAAUUAUGAUAUUCUUAAUUUGACGCAACUCCUGGUGUCAAAUAACUGUUGAUAGGAAAAACGAACACUGCUUGUCAGAAUUUUGAUGAUUCUUUGUUGCCUCUUAGCGUAUUGUAGCUCACCCUUCGACCAUCGAGCCAAGUGUUCUUUUCGUGAGAAAGUUUCAUCAUUAACGAGUUUGACUUCCAUUUUAUAGGGCGCUGUGUUUCCUUGUAAUCACGCUAUUUGGAGCAAAUGGGCUCCGCCACUGGAGAGAACAACUCUUGUUACCAUGGCAAUUUCUGGUCAGUAAACGAUAAACAUUUGGGGAAUCUAUGGACGCUUUUAGAGAGCUAGCUAAUAAGUAUAUGAUGCUUACCAAGUAAACGUUUGGACUGUACUUUUUCACACUCGACGGAGCUGUCUGUCUUUGUGGAGGGUUUUACAAUAAUGUUUGAUGUGUCUGUCUCUUCUGUGCGGCAUCUUCCCCCCAACUUCGAUAGUUUUAUAUCUAAAUGAAUCAUUUUGAAAAUAUUCUACUUUUCUGACAAGGUUGUCACGUGGGAACCAUCAUAACCAUGCCUUUAUCAGGACUUUUAACAAAAUACGGCUUCGACGGAGGCUGGGCCUCGGUGUUUUAUUGUUUCGGUGAGUACAUAGCCUUACUCUUUUAAACUAAUCUUGCAUCGAACGGUCACAUUGCAACCAUGAAGAUAGAUUUAAACCGGUCUCUCCCUCUCUUAUUUCAAACUAUUCGAUUAAAACCUGGCUCUGGUGUAACUCUUAAGGGGUUCCGCGAGUACUCUGUUGAGAGACAGGGAACAAGAAGCACGAAGCUCAAGGAACCAUGCGUGGUUUUUAUUUCAAAAACUGCUAAUUCAAUUUUGAUAAGAAUCACUUAUGUACCACGGUAGGGUAUCCGCACUGAUGAUGUAAAUUUGGAAGACGAAUUCAAAAAUACAUGCCUUCAUGGAUUAAUAUUACCUAUCUCAUUUAAUUAAAACAUUGAGUAUCAAAUGAUAUAAAUCAUUUUCCAGCCAUUUCCAAGUUCACUUCUUACAUUUUAGGUGCUGCUGGUAUUCUGUGGUUUGUUGCCUGGCAAUUGAUUGUUCACGAAUCACCAUCUGAUCAUCCCACAAUAUCAGAGGAUGAAAAAAAUUACAUAGAGAGCAGCUUUGAUAGAGUACAUGUAAGGUUCUAUUUUUAUUAAUAUUAAUGUAAAAAAGGGAUUAGCAAAGAUUAACUGAUUUGGUACAUGAGUUAGUUCCUGGUUACUUGGUUGGCAAAAAAUGAACCAACAGGAUGAAAUGUACAGUAAGUGAUUUGAACCCAGGAGUAACAGUUCAUUGUGUGGUCUGGUCAUCCAGAUGUGAGUAGUCCUGAGACUUUUCCGGUCGGUAGUAGUGACUGACGUUUGCACGACCUUAGCGGAAGUCAGAGUCGGAUUCAUGUUUCGAUCGAUAAUUUCUUCUCCUUAUCAGCUGAAACAAAUCAGAUCAUAUCCCCCGUAUAGAUAUUAGGACAAUAAACAGUACGUAAACACUCUGUAAACAAAGUGUGACACGUAUUUUUAGCUGCGAGUCGUGGGAUGCUAUUCAUAGCCAAACACAUUACGAGAGUUGAUUUGGAUUAAUCGUGGUCACUCUGCUUAAAUCGGGCCCUUGAUGUAAUGCGGACUCUUAUAGUAGGAAAGAGAAGAUGUUAUACUUUUUCACCCAAUCAUAGAUUCUUUAUCAUCUCUUUAGGGCGAUGCGUCAAUACCAUGGAAGUCAAUUCUGACCUCAGUACCCGUGUGGGGAAUCAUGUUUGGUAACCUGGCCUCAGACUGGGGAUUGUACACAAUUCUCAUUUGUCUGCCAAUGUUCCUUCUUGACAUUUUACACUUUGAUAUACAAACGGUAUGCAGACAUUUUGCAGCCCUUUGUGCAUGUAACAUAGAACUGGUCAAAUUUCUUAGAAUGCAGUGAUUUAUUGCUGGGGAAUCGAAUAUGAACAAUUUCUCCUUCGUAAAUGAAAAUCGAUUUAUAUAAAAAUGCUGAUUCAAGAGGUUUCGUCUUCGAGGCAAUAGAAAAUAACAAUCAUGUUUUUUAUUUUUUUUCUCAUGGAAACUCGAUUUGUAACUAAUCAUAUCAUAUUCAUCACACUAGAUGGGAUUCUUGGCAGCCACUCCUUUUUUGGUCAAGUCUCUCUCAGGCCCUUUCGGUGGCAUCACAGCCGAUCUGUUACGAAGGAGAGGACUAAGUACUAAAUCAGUCAGAAGAGUAUACUUCGCUGUUGGUUAGAAAAAUAUUUUUUGUGAAUUUUUAAAUUAUCAUCGUUUCAAAGAUUCAUCUCAAUUACAUUUAGGUAGAAAUGUGGGUAACAAUCAUGACCCAUUUGUCGAAUAUUUGUUCGCCAGAGGCGUGGUUUACGCCCAUAAAUGUCUAUUCAGUGAUUUGAAUGUUGUUUCAAAUUUAUUGGUUUUCUUUUGAUGUGAAAUUGCAAGUUCCAUUUAAAAAAUAAAGACUCUAAAAGUCACAAUGUGCAUGUAGCAAUGCAUAUUCUGAAUUUAGGUCGCUACAAAAUGACAGAAUCUGAGAGAACUUAAACUGUUAUCUCGCAGAAUAGAAUUUUGGAUAACUGAUCAUAAGUGCGCAUGCUCAGUCAGAUGUCGAAGGCCUAAUUUCACCAUCAAAUGAUACUUACUUUCCUCACUUCCCUUUUUUACACAUGACCUUUUAUUUCCUUCACCAGGAGCUAUGGGGGCCGGCACCUUUAUCCUGGCCGCAGGAUACGCUAGCACAGCCACUGUUGCGGUCACGUGCAUGUGCAUAGGGGUUGCAGCCUCUGGACUAAUGCAUUCUGGUUACAAUGUGAACAUGCUGGAUAUAGCUCCUCGGUACGCAUGCGUGAUUAUGGGCCUAACAAACACUGUGGGAACGAUCACAGGAUUUCUAAGUCCAAUGAUGGUUGGCUAUAUCACAGUUAAUAAGGUGGGUUAAUAAUUUGCAUGUGCGAUAGACAAACAUCCGCGUUUGGCGGAUUUAGUGCGGUCCCUAUGUCCAAUAUCUUUUCGUAAAGAGGAGCAAGAUGGUUGUUCAGCUUUCCAGAAGAAGUUGAAUUGGGCUCCUUUCCAAUCUAUUUGGAUGCUCUCCUUGUAAAGAGGAAUGACGAAGGGCUAACGCUUUGAAACUCUUUACGGUGGCCAAUUUACGUUAUUAACUCAGUUGAUAAUAUUAAAUUACCUAAUUGCAGUUUUAUUAGGAUUCAACAUGAGUCUGUCAAUUUUUUUUGCUAUUAUAAUCCAGCUCUACUGUCAUUCUUUAAUCUGAUCAUUUCCAUUGGCGUCCUUUUAAGUACACGAGACACGAAUGUUUUUGUUUGUUCCUCACACAAGGAAGCUGAAGAGUGGCGCACAGUAUUUUGGGUAACCUUUGUUAUAUAUGUGGUGGGAAUGCUGCUCUUUUGUUUACUGAUGUCAGCUGACCAACAGCCCUGGGCCAACGGCAAUGAAGGGAAGAAGAAUGGGGAGAGAGAAGAAAUCAAAAUGGAAGAAGAAAGUUGACAAAUGAGGCUGUUUUCGUUAGAAAAUCAGGCUCUGAUACAAACAGGCGUUGAUGUGCUUCGAGUCGAACUCGGAAACUUCUGAAAGUUUCUGAGGCAUAUUGUUUUUUUCUUUUAGAUGCAGUGUAAAGAAGAAAAACAAUUCAAAAUACUAAAUGCCAAAACAAAAGACUUGGGCCUUGAGUAGAGGGAAGGAAGACCCGCUCCCUUCGCUCAGGGCCCGCUCUGAAACCUUGACCCGUGAUUCGUCAUUCAUGGACUAAAGCCCCCUUUUACUUGUUCCCAUUUUGUUUCCACUCAGAUUGUGCAUCAUUUUCUCGUGGUAAAAGCCGAGUAGAUGUGUCAGUACGUUUUCACACAUCGUAAGUUGUAAUAAAUCCGAGUCUUGAAGCAAGUUGAGAUUCCAUUUAAG